AUGUCCUCUAUAAGAUCCUCAAUCUCAGUCCACUUCCCCGACGUGCUGGCACGCCCAGACUCUGAUCGUCUCCGGAAGAAAACUGUUGUCUACCCGCGAGUGGCGCAAGUCAAGGGGCAGGGCGACAGAAGGACUUUAUUGAAGGACUUGUGGGAUGAGAGCACGAGGUCCAGUAUUGCACCUAGCAGCGACCUGGAAUGGGAUCCUCCUACAACUACAAAUCCACAGGUGAAUUCCGCUACGUUGGGCGGCUUUGGGCUCUAUCGACUGAAUAUGUUCUCGUCCCAGAUGUUAGCCGUGCCCUCAGUCGGAAAUCACACUAGACCAACAGAUGGAAUGAGACUCCAAAUCACCACCCGCACGGACUCAGAAACGUCGUCAGCAUCAGUCACUCCUCUGAACACGCCGACGUCGCAAGUUUCGUUCUGCUAUGAUUAUUCACCGGAAGGCACCAAAAGAGAUGACGCCCCCACCUUCUUGCCACCUGAGAUCAUGACGGCUGACAUGGAGAUGGAACGACUUGUGAUCUUGUAG